UAUUUUGCAUUGUUAGUCGCUAUGGUGUAGUCGACGCUACUGAAAAUAAGAUUCAAAACUCUUCACAGUACAACAGUUAGAUGAAUGAUCGAAUCAGUGUAUCAGAGUGUAGUUGUAGCUUAGUUGCAUUCGUCAUUCAAAAAUGAAUUUCCGAAAAAUUCAGACCAAUAUCAUAAUUGAGACAGUGGUUUUUCUGUGUAUCGUUGGACAUCUAACUCCGAUUAUUGUAAACGGCCAAUAUCAGACUCCCAACAAUCAAUGCGGUGGACGUUUUCGAACAGUGAAUGGAACAAUCGACUUUCAUUACAACACCGAAACGAAUCCCGAUCCCGACAUGAAAAAGGUUUGUGUGUGGACAAUAAUUCCAUACCCAUUUCAAAGAUACAUCGAAGUAACGGUCGAUUCCAGUUCUCUGACGUGCAACGCCAACAACGAUCGCCUCGGCUUCACUUGGCUUAAUGAAAGUAGCUCAGCAAAGCCAGUCACUCAAGCAUCAACUUGCGAACCGAUCCACAUAAAAAACGAAGGCAGUGUGUUGAUCGUCGUACUGAUUAGUGAGUCGUCCAAACAAAACACCGGAUUCAAGCUGACAUGGCGCGGAACCGGGUUUUACAGUCGGAUCCGAUUUGUUACCGCAUAUAAUUCGUAUGGAAAGCCAUCCGUACAGCCGAUUCCAUACUUUGGAGCCGGCUUCAUUGGUAACUCUUUGUCUACGUUCGCUUUUCCAACGGGAAAUCGAACUGAUGGGCACACUAUGGAGAUGAUAAUUAGUCCUGUCAAGCUACAAACGGAUAUAUAUACAGACUGUCCUGGAUUAGGCCGAGGCGAUUGGAUAAACAAAGAGUGUAGCCUGCUGAUGGUAUUUUUGAUUGAGAAUGAUGGCACUCUGAAGGUUCAUUCAACAUUCACUGAUAGCACAUCGGAUUACACGGAGCUUAGAAACGAGAACGGAUUUUACAUGGUCUUUUGGGGAGGAAAUCGUUACGCUGCUACGGGUGGAGGGUCACUGAUGCUCAAUUACACUUCAAUUCGCAAUUGAAAAUUAAUUGAUUAUAAGACUGGCCGUGCUUAGAGUACUUGUCACAUUGUUAUACUACAGCUGAAGAAUAAAUGUUUGUCUUGACGUUUUGUUUCUGAACGAUAUCAGAGCCCUAACGAGCAUCGACAAUAAGCAGAAUGAAAA